AUGUUCAAGUUAAUUUUCGCAAUAAUUGUUUUGUAUUUUAACUUUACUUGUUACGCCAAUAUCUAUGAUAGACAAAAAGCGGUCAAUUAUGCAAUAAGUCAUUGUGAUAGUAAUAGUUAUAAUCCAAACUAUCCACGUACACUUGGUAAUGAUUGUACCAACUUUGUUUCGCAAGUUUUACACUAUGGUGGUAUUCCUAAAUCUGCCAAAUGGUGGUGUAGACGUAAGCGUUUUAAUGAUACAUGUUGGCCUGGGAGAAUUCCUUAUCCUAUCACCUGUGAUAGAAAUCAUGAAUUUAUAUUUACAAAAACAUGGACGGUUGCGGAUAAACUCUAUAACUACCUUAUUGAAAAUCAGUUGGCAAGAGUGUGUAAACUUGAAGAAUUGCAAGCGGGUGAUGUCAUUCUAUAUUAUCAUGGGAAUUUUAAUUGGAGGCAUUCAACCGUAGUCAAAGUUAAUUCCUCUACAAACCCUAUCUUGGUUUAUCAUACCAGAGAUGAAUGUAAUGGAAAUCAUAUUAGCGUAUUGAAUUCAUUUAAUGAAUCGUCUUUUGAUCAAGCUCACGACGAAAAUACAACGACGCCAUCCUUUGAAACCCCAACAAUCUCUAGGCCCGUCACACCUACCAUCCCUUCCUUUUCGCAAAACGCGAAUAUAAUUAAUGUCAUAAUUAAUUACGGUGGUGCUGAUUCCGAAGAACCAGAAGAACCCAGAGAGCUUGAAGAUGAAUUAGUUGAAGAGCUUCAUGAACUAACUUCAGAUCCAUUGGACACGCUUAGUUGA